AUGGAGGAAUUUAUUGAUAAAUAUGAUCAAAUCCAUCACGUAAACCAUCAUCAAUUAUGGAAAAGUGGUCAAAUUAAGAAUGAUACUCGCUACGAUACCAACAAGUUCUAUGUAUUUAGAAAUGUAUCGAAAAUGGAAAGAGGAGUUGAAUAUUUGAAGCAUAGAAAGUCAUCAAAUUUGGAUGAACAUCUCAAGUUGGAGGUUAAUCCUAAUCCUAAAAGUAUGUAUGAGUGGACAAAUUUAGAUGAACUUUCUCAAACUGAAAACAUUCCAAAGCGCCGGUGCAUCAUGGCUUCUCAAUCGUCCUUCACUCACAGUCACAUGCUUUCUUCAUCACGUGCCAGACCUGCAGCAAAAUCCUUUGACCCUGCUAGUUUUUACCUUCGAUCGUCAUAUAAUAUUUUCACGGUGAAGCCUGAUGCAUGGUUCCUAAUAGGCCACCCAACUAUUUAUGCAGAAGUCAACCUUUCUAGUUAUGAUGUGAAGUUUGUCAAAGUAGAAAUUGUUGCCGAAGUGUUUCAGGAUAAUAUCUUGAAGGAUGAUAAUGUAGACGAGGAAGGUCUUAACCAGAUUUUGGUAACAAAGGAGAUACGGAAGAAAAUAAAUAUCAUAAAAUUAAUAUUGGAUUCGAAGCAAGAUGGAGAAAUAACAGUAUCAGCAUAUGACACGGCAUGGGUUGCUCUUGUGAAAAAGGUUGGGGACAGAAAUUCUCCUCAAUUCCCUUCCUGUCUUGAAUGGAUUGCAAAUAAUCAGCUUCAUGAUGGUUCCUGGGGAGACUCUCAAUUAUUCAUUGCCCAUGAUCGUAUUCUUAACACGUUAGCUUGUGUGAUUGCAUUAAGAUCAUGGAACAUGCACCCUGAAAAGUGUGAGAAGGGAAUGAAAUUUUUUAAAGAGAAUCUGUACAAGCUUCAGGAUGAAAAUCCAGAACAUAUGCCAAUCGGGUUUGAAGUUACUUUCCCUUCUCUUCUGGAUUUAGCAAGAAGUUUGGAUGUUGAAGUGCCAGAUGACUCCACUAUCUUGAAAAACAUCCUUGCGAUGAGAGACGUGAAACUGAAGAAAAUUCCAAGAGAGAUUCUGCACAAAGUGCCUACAACUCUGCUCCACAGUUUGGAGGGAAUGCAAAAUUUAGACUGGAAACAGCUACUGAAGUUGCAGUGCCAAGACGGGUCAUUCUUAUUCUCUCCAUCUUCUACAGCUUAUGCUCUCAUACAAACCAAGGAUGAAAGUGCUCACAAAUACCUGGAUAAAACAGUUCGGAGAUUCAAUGGGGGAGUUCCCAAUGUCUACCCCGUGGAUUUGUUUGAACACAUAUGGAUGUUCGAUAGACUAGACCGUCUUGGAAUUUCAAGAUAUUUUCAGCCGGAGAUCAAAGAAUGCGUGACAUAUGUUUCAAGAUAUUGGACUGAGAAGGGUAUUUGCUGGGCAAGGAAUUCAGAGAUUCAAGAUAUAGAUGACACAGCAAUGGGAUUUAGACUACUCAGGUUGCAUGGGCACCAAGUUUCAGCCAAUGUGUUUGAUCAUUUUAAGAAAAAUGGCGAGUUCUUCUGCAUUUCUGGGCAAUCGAACCAAGCUGUGACAGGGAUGUUCAAUCUCUAUCGAGCAUCUCAAGUGCGAUUUCAAGGAGAGAAGAUUCUUGAGGAUGCCAAAAACUUCUCAGCCAAAUUUUUAACUGAAAAACGUGAAGCAAAUGAGCUCCUAGAUAAAUGGAUCAUAACCAAAGAUUUACCUGGCGAGGUGAGUUAUGCUCUGGACGUGCCCUGGUAUGCUAGCUUGGCAAGAUUGGAGACAAGAUUUUAUCUUGAACAAUAUGGUGGUAGCAGUGAUGUUUGGAUUGGCAAGACCCUUUACAGAAUGCCCAUUGUGAACAAUGAUGUUUAUCUUGAGCUUGCAAAAUUGGACUACAGCAACUGUCAAGCAGUGCAUUGUGCAGAAUGGGAAAGAAUCAAAAGGUGGUACUGGGAAGCAGGACUAGAGAGAUUUGGUUUGAGCGAACAAAGUCUCCUAUUUGCUUACUUUAUAGCAGCAGGCAGCAUAUUUGAACCUGAGAGGUCUCGAGAGAGACUUGCAUGGGCUAAAACUGCAACAUUGAUCGAGACAUUUGGGUCCUACAUAAAGGAUGAACAAACUAGGAGUGUUUUUGUUGAUUUGUUCAACAACAGCAUUAAAGGACGAAACUUCUCCAGCAAGCAGUGGAACAAGAACAAUAGAGAGGAAGAACUCCUGGAGAUUUUGCUGACAAACCUUGAUUACCUUGGGAUCGAAAUGUUUCGGAGUCAUGAUCGUGAAUUUUCCCAUUAUUUGAAUCAAGCAGUGAGUGGAAUACAUUUCUAUGCACUUCUGACAAACAUUCAAAAAGCACAUGAUGGUGGCAGCAACAAGAGAACAAUCAGCAUGCCUACAUCUCAAAUAGAAUCAGACAUGCAAGAACUUGUGCAGUUGGUGCUCCAAAAUUCCUCAGAUGGGUUGCACACCAAUGUGAAGAACUCAUUUCUCACAGUGGCCAAGGGCUUCUACUAUGGAGCAUAUUGUGACCCAGAGACCAUAAACUCCCAUAUUGAGAAAGUUCUCUUUGAAAAAGGAAAAAGAAUCCAGCGUCAAAAAAUUCAUCAGGCCAUAAAUCUCUUGUUGGAGCUAAGAGAUUAUAAUAAGAUCUCCUUGGGAGAAUCUCUUUUAAAUCGCUCGUACAUUGAUCACUAUUUCGAAAACCACUAUGCUCCGACCAAUGGAUUCAAGUUUACUAUCCAUGAAUGGAUGAUCAUGUUGCAACAGCUCCGAGCCUUAUAA